AGAACAGUGGGGGUGUAUCCACGCACGAGAUGAAACAUAAAUUAUUUUGAUAUAUUUAUUGUUAAAAAUAGUAAUCAUUGAAGAGAUAAAAUAGAUAUAUUGCAUCUUUAUUCUAAAAAUAUGUAUGCAGGCUUUUUAUAUUUGAAGAAUACAUAUUAAUUUAAGUCUAUCCCGAGCAAGAAAUAAUUAAUAACAAUUAUCGAUCGACAAGGAGAUGCUGUUUCUUUAGAAUCUUUCUAUCGUACUUUCUUUCAGCCUCUCAUUCCUUUUUUGUAAAACUAAUCUCAUACAUAAAAAAUACCAUAAAAAAGAAAUAUAUCAAAGCUCGAAGGCCAUCGUGUCACGCUUAUAAGAUUCGAAAUUCAGUUAUAAAAUGAGAUAGUAGUUUUCUCUUCUCUGCUCCAGACAAAGUAGUGGUAUAUCGAAUUUAUUUAUGUGUGCUACUGUUCGCACGAGCAUAUGGUGCUAAACGUGCACAGCCGUUGUUUUUACGGAUAACAUUAAAGAACAAGCUAUGUUUCUCAUUUUUAUAAUUUUGUCUAUAACCCUUCGUAUUUCAGAAGGGGCAGACAACUGUCAGCUUACUACUUUUCCAUUUUUUGUGAUGGAGUUACUGGUUGAUGAGGAACUACCGGUUGGAAGUAAAGUAAGCUCUGUCAAUAUUCUAGGUAAAGAGAAUCUAGAGGUUCUUACGAGUAUAGAAGACACUCGCUACUUUCAUUAUGAUGGGGAAACAAGAAUUAUAUCUAUCAAGAGUAGAAUCGAUUCUGAAUCAGUAGGGAAAAAAAUCACGACGAGGAUUUGGUGCCAAAAAAUAGGAGAAAAUCUUGAUAACUCCUCAAUAACUGUCUAUGUAAAUGUUCGUGACAUUAAUGACAAUGCCCCCGAAAUACUGCAAUCAUCUCGUAAUGUAACAAUAAACGAGUUUACACCACCCAAGUCAGAAGUAUUUCAGUUACUCUCCCGAGACGCGGAUAGUUUAACCACGAAAAUAAUCUAUAGUAUUAUAGAUGGAAAACAUUCUGAAAAAUUCUAUCUUGCUAGCAACUCGGCAAUUCUGACUACCGACCCAAUGAAAGUCUUCUUGUCAAAGGAAUUGGAUUAUGAAAGUGUCUCUUUAAUUAAAUUAGUGGUAAAUGUAAAAGACGUUGAAAAUCCUCAAUUAAACUCAACGGCGAUUAUUGACAUUAAUAUUGAAGACGCAGAUGAUGAGAAUCCUCUUUUUACAUCUAACUUUUAUACUGGAAAAAUAAAAAAAAAUGCUGAUGUGGGAACAGUUGUUAAGGUUUUUCCUAAUAGAAUUUUUUCCUGGGAUCCUGACGUAUCUUUUGGUAAUAAUAUUAUUUAUGGCAUUCUUCAACAUAAGGCGGAUGGAGAUAAGGAUCUUUUUGAAAUUAAUCCGACUAGUGGCUUAGUCACGAUCAAGAGGAAGUCACCUGUCAUCUAUGAGAACAAUUUAUUUGUGCUCUUAAUAACUGCUACACAGGAGAAUAACGCAAAUAGGACUACAAAUGCCAUGUUAAGAAUAGAACUUGAAUCUGAUCCUAUAUAUCUGCAUGCAAAUUACUCUAGCAGAAUAUUCGAAAAUAGUCCUCCUAACACCUUUGUUCUUAACGUUGCCGCCUUCACUCAAAAUGGAACGUCCAAGAGGGUGUUAUAUACUCUGGAGGGAAAUCAGAAUAGUGAAAAUUUCAAGGUUAUUAGAACAAAUGGUGAUAUUUUUACUAAGAAAAUACUGGACUACGAAGAAGCGCAAAUGUACAAUUUUACAGUAAUAGCUCAAGCUGACAAUUUCACUUCUACAGCUAAAGUCAUUAUUGAAGUGAUGGAUAUAAAUGACAAUAACCCAACUUUUACCAAGAAUAAUUAUCAGUUUCAAGCCGCUAGGGAGAAUGGAUCCGUAAUUGGCCACGUGACAGCCACAGAUGCUGAUGUUCACUAUAAUUUGGAUUUUAAAUUAAUGAAUGACUUAAAUAUAUUCAAAAUUGAAAAAGUAAAUGAAACAGCAGCAGCAUUAUAUCUUUUAGCUGAAGAAACUGUAAUAACACCAAAUAAAUAUAUGCUCCAUCUUAUUGUGGACGAUGGCGGUAAUCCACCGCGACAGGGAAGUUCAGUAGCCAUUGUAGAAUUUCCGAGAUUAGUUAUUGAAGAGAAUGACUGUGUUUCAAGCACACCAAUUGCAAUUAUUAUUGCAUUGUCUAUUUUAUGUGGAGUGCUUCUUAUCAUAGUCAUUAUCCUUCUAGUUUGCUGUAUUCGCUUAAGACUUCGUAAGAAGGAAAGCGACGAGUAUUAUGCAUAUUGUUAAACUGGAAUAAGGUUUUGUCGAAAUGGAAAGAAAAUUUGAGGACAAACUAUCAUCUCUCAAAUGAAGUUUAUGAAGUUAACACAAAUUCUGGGAUUGUAGAUGAUGUAGAGGAUAACGGAAUAACUCGCCGGAAUUCGUCAGACAGUUCUAAAACGGCUUUGAAAUGCUUAAAUUUAGUUCCUGAAGUCGACUAUACUGCCGGUGAAAUUUCAUAUGAUGAUAAAUUAGGUCCUUCAGACUGUAGUCGUUCUCUUGACUGCACUACAAUAUCUUUUAUAAAUAUGACUCAAACUAUACAAAGUCCCGCUACCAAUUCGACAAGAUCCAACAAUCUCAAAAAAAUCACUGUUUUAUACUAAAAGAUAAAAUUUUUUACUGGAUUUUUUACGUUAAAUAUAACUGACAAAUUUAACAUAUACUGUGUGUAAACAGUACAUAAUUAUUCAGAUGUUAUAGUCAAUCUCUUGUUUAAGUAUGAUGUAGCAGCUACAAUUGCUGCACCUAAACCAGAGCCAUCUUCUGAUCGUUGCAAUUCAAACUUUAAAGCAAAUUGAUCUGCUUUAAUCAUAUAGAAGUUUAUUUUUACCCACCUUAUUCCCAUACAUUCUUCUGAUUUGCUGACGCAUGUAAUAAUCAAAAGCAGGAUGUUUGUAAUGUAAAGUACCAUCGAUUCCAAUGGUAAUUAUCUCAUCCCCUCCAUUACUAACUCUUUUCAAAAGCACAGACAAAGCUAAAAAAGUCAUGGCUCUAAAGUUUGCCAAUAUUCUGUAGUCGUAAUAGUAUACCUGUACCAGCCAAAUAAGCUGCUCGUUUCGAUGCAAGAUGGCAUAAAUAUCGAAGUGUUAACCUAUCAUCAUUUGUAAUUUCUCCUAAAAAAUAUAUCAAUUUCGUACUUGAUAAUCAUUAUACUUGAAAUUUUAACCUUGUAAACCGAUUAUUCGUUU